CAUGCACUAGCUCAAUCACCUCACCUCACCUCGCUCCGCCCGCCCGCCUCGGCCUCCCUUCCACCGCCUCACAUCCCAGCCCCAGCCCCAGUCCGGCCCAGCCGCCGCCUCCCCCGAACUACGUACAGGGCUUCCACCUCCGAUCGCCGACCGGCGUUGAUCGAUCAACAGCUAGCUACACGUACGUACCGAGCGAUCGAUCGAGGAGAGGGGAAGGUACGUAGGGACUAGGGAGGAGAUCGAUAAGGGGCCGGCCGGAGAUGGGCGGCGCGGGGUGGGGCGUGAUGGAGGGGAUGAAGCCGGUGGCGGGGAUGGUGGUGGUGCAGUUCGUCUUCGCCGGCGUCAACAUCUUCUACAAGCUAGCCGUGAGCGACGGCAUGGACAUGCGGGUGCUCAUCGCCUACCGCUACAUCUUCGCCUCCGUAGUCCUCGCGCCACUCGCAUACUGUGUCGAGAGGAAGAAGCGCACAAAGCUGACUUGGCGAGUCAUCGUGCUCUCCUUCAUCUGCGGCCUCUGCGGGGGCUCGCUGGCGCAGAACCUCUACAUCUCCGGCAUGAAGCUCACCUCCGCCACCUUCGCAUCCGCAAUGACCAACCUCAUCCCGGCCAUCACCUUCGUCCUCGCCGUGCUCUUCCGCUACGAGGGCCUCGCCAUCCGCACCGUGCCCGGCCAGGCCAAGGUAGCCGGCACCCUACUCGGCGUCGGGGGCGCCAUGCUCCUCACUUUCUACAAGGGCGCACAGGUCACCCUCUGGCCGCCCACGCACGUCAACCUCGCCGCCCAGCUCGCCGCCCGCCACCACUCCUCUCACCCCUCCGCUGCCGCCACCAUCGCCACCUCCGAGCCCAGCAGCGGCAACCGCGCCAUGGGAUCGCUGCUCUGCACGGGCAGCUGCUUCUUCUACGCGCUCUGGCUCAUCCUGCAGGCCAGGCUCAGCCGGGAGUACCCCUUCCACUACUCAACCACCGCACUCAUGUGCCUCAUGAGCGCGCUCCAGUCCGCGCUCUUCGCCCUCUGCUUCGACCGGGACCCCGCCCAGUGGCGCCUCACAUUCGACGUCCGCCUCCUCGCCGUCGUCUACACCGGGGUGCUCGCCUCGGGGGUCAUGCUCGUCGUCCUCUCGUGGUGCGUCAAGCGCCGCGGCCCGCUCUUCGCCUCCGUCUUUAACCCCAUGAUGCUCGUCAUCGUAGCCGUCCUCAGCUCCCUGCUGCUCGGGGAGGAGCUGCACCUCGGCAGCGUGCUCGGGGCCGUGCUCAUCGUCGUCGGCCUCUACGCCGUGCUCUGGGGGAAAGGGCGCGAGGCCGCGGCCGCCUCCCCGGAGCACGGCAAGGCAGCCGCCCCUGCGCACGAGGUCCCGCACAUCGACAUCGUCGUCCACCGCCAUCCUCCACCGCCGCCAUCUCCGCAGCAGCAACCUCAGUCUCCUGAAGCAGCAUCCGCUGCACGGUGAUACCGCGUCGAAGAAGAGGGACCGGCGAUCGACGAUAUGAACUGGUCCAACCCCCGGCCGGCGAUAACACUUCGUUGACUAGCUAGUGUUUUAAUUCGGUGGUUAAUUAGAACUUGAUCGGAUUGUCUAGUAGUGUACGUAGUUCUCUGAUUUUGUUGAUGCUCAACUAACUGUAGAGGAUGAGGAUCACACACUUGUGAACUGCAAAUUAAGAUAGGGAUCCACUAGUGCAAAGCAAACUGAGGCGAGAUUAUUGUACAACUGAGAUGAGAUGAGAUAACAUGAGAUGAGAUGAGAUGAGAUGAGAUGAAUCAACCAAUAAAAUUUCAGGCACAA